GGCGUUUCUGAGGCUGUCAUUAAACAGUUGGUAGUAUGGCGUUUCAGGGUCUUCUUAUUUCUGUCCCCUUUCACGAAAUGUAUUUCGCGCCACAAUCAAUGUUACCUAGAAAAAACUGUUCACAAGUUCUUCGUGAAGUCUACUCGUAAGUUUGAAAUGUGCUGCUUGAGUACUUUGAAACAGUUAACGUCACCUUUGCUUGCCAUAUUGCACAAUAGUGUCAAGAAGAGAGACAAAAAAGAAUACUAAAAAGUGUUCCACAUGGUGGAAGCCAUCGUUUACAGAUAGUUUCUAAAGUAUCUAUGAAGUAUCCUAAAGAAUUCAUAAACGUUGGUGAAAGCGGCUAGUAAACGUGAGGUGAAGUGAUAGCUCAUUUGCAGAGUUUCAAAAUUCGCGGCAACUUCGCAAUACCGCACAUAAAAGUAAAACAAAUAAAGUGGUACGCAUACGCUCUGCUUUAUUUUCCUGGCAUAAAAAAAAACAAAGUUGUUUUGCUGGAUGCUAGAAGCAAACACGGGCUGAAAAAAAAAAAUGGAGAAAUAAGGAAAUAAAGAAACGUGAGUGCUGCUGCGGUCGUUCGUUUGAACGUAAUGGCGGCAUUUGUUGUUACGCCACAGCUUAGGGGCAGUUUAGUAUAAAUAUGGUAGAAAUAUUGUUUACGUUUAUGUAGUGAGCCGGGGUAUUGCUAACCGCACAGUGUGUACAGUUUGCUGACAUACUUACCGAUGAGAUGAGAGACUCGGACGUCUAUUCUUUGCGUGUGCGUGCGCAGUUUUUGCGGUGAAACCAGCGUGGUUUUGUUUUCUUAUCUUCGUGCGGUACUACCCUCCGAGACUGCUGAAACAGUAGGGCGUUGUCGUGCUUCUUGUGUGCGACAGACGCUUACGACUUCGAGUCAUGGGUGUCAAGGACCUGUGGGAAGUACUGUCGCCCGUCGCCCACAAGGUUCAGCUCGACGAUCUUCGGGGCAAACGACUGGCCGUCGAUUUGAGCGGCUGGAUCGUCGAGAGCGAGCAAAUGCGUCCCAAGAUACGCCAGCCGGUAAUUAGGAACCUAUUCUUUCGUUGCAACAAACUACUCGGCUAUGGGAUCAAGCUGGUAUUUGUGCUCGAGGGUACGGCUCCAGAAGUGAAGGAGGAAACGCUGUCGCAGAGGAACCAAGCACGCGGCGGUGAAGGUUCGAAGUUCAGCGGCGGAAUGCUCACAAGGCGUCGUCCUGCACUCCAAGCCAUGUCAAGUCAGUGCAGAGAGCUGCUUGACGUCCUGGGCCUCCCCUAUGUGCAGAGCACAGGUGAAGCAGAGGGCACGUGCGCUUUUCUUGACAAGAAUGGGAUGGUGGACGGCUGCAUCACACAAGACGGUGAUGCGUUUCUCUAUGGUGCCAAGACGGUCUACCGGAAACUUUCCAUUGAGGACAAGGACCCCCAUGUCCUGUCCUACAAAAUCGAAGACAUUGAGAAAAAGCUCGGCCUGGAUCGUAGGAAGCUUGUGGCAUUGGCUGUGCUUGUUGGUUGCGACUACUUUGCUGGAGUCCACAGCGUUGGAAAGGAGACAGGGCUAAAAUUGCUAGACAAAUUUGGAGAUACUGACUCCCUUGAAAGGCUACGAGACUGGACGCGGGAUUCGAAGUAUUCUGAUCUGCAGGAGGUGCUUGACAGAAACUGCAAGAAAAAGUCGCACUGUGGAAACUGCCAGCAUCCUGGUACGCAGAAGUCGCACCACACUGGUGGGUGCAUCAUGUGCUCGACUGAUGCUGCCUGUGUAAAGUCGGUGGUCUCCAACUGCACGUGCGAGUGGCAUAAGGCAGAAGCUGUGAAAAGCCAGUGGAGGACAGAGCUCGAUGUCCGAAAGAAGGCACUCGACGAGUAUGACACGUUCCCUCCAGAAAAUGUCAUAUCUGAGUUCCUGACCGACAGGGACGACAUCCUGGGUGUUGACAGCUGCUGGCAGUUCCCUUCCGCAAAAAAAUUUGAGGAUUUCAUGUGCGCCAAGCUAGGCUGGGGGCCUGAAGAAAGCCGGGAGAAACUGUUCCCUCUGUUGACCCGCUGCCACCUAGAGCUAGGUGGGAGCAGCUGCGAAGAGGUCGUCACCUUGAAGCCCGUCAAGAUCGUCAAGGAACGAGUGCGGAGAAAUGCUGGCUUCUACGAAGUUGAAUGGCUAGCCACCGAAUUGUGGACACAGUCAUCACCACCAAACACUUUGGAGCCCCAGGAACUGUUUAAGGAUGUCUAUCCAGAAAUGGUGAAGGCAUUCUAUGAUGAACAGAACCAGAAGAGCAAGAAGAAAGCUGCGAUUACAGAUGGGACCCACAGUGACAUACGGGGAUACUUCAGCAUCACAUCCGGAAAGUCGCAGCAAGUCGCCAAAGACGAAAGUGAGGGCACAGGCGAGAAGAGGCUGGGAAGAAAUGCUGCAGACAUUGCUCCGAAAAAGUCUAGAGCUUCACCAAGUAGCAAGAGCCGGUCGGUCACAACGCGAACGCGAAAGCUGAAGUCGUCGCCACCUAAGACCACUGAAACUGUUGACCAUUACUUCGCGAGGUCACCAAAGUUCUCUGCCAAGCCAUUAGAUGUUUCGGUUGACUCCUCAUUCGACGAAUUCAAUGUGCCGCUUUCGCAAAGAAUAGCAGGGGCAACACGAGAACAUGCCGAACCCCAGCCAACAAGUUCAGCAGGCGAUGUCGCUCCAGAAAAGCCUGGUAAGUCACUUGAGCCAGUGCAUGUUGUCACUCCUAAACCAGAUUCAGUUCUGGAAGAAUCUGUGGUUACGACGGAGGAAGUCUUAUGUCGCAAGAAAGACAACCCUGUGGCUGAAACGAAACCAAAUAGCUCACUAGACACCUCUGAACGAGCAGACAGCUCAUCUUCGAUUACAAGCUUGCCUGAACAGAAGCCCACUAUCUCUGUGCAAGAGAAAUUGACAACUCAGCCUGAUGAUGAGGCGAGUAGAAGCACUUCACCGACAUCUGCGGACUUGUCAAAAGGAGCAAAAAGUUUAGUCUCGGCAGAUGACGGCAUGGCUCUUGCAAAUAUAAGCACGAAGGAGGCUGCCUGUGGUACCGGUGCAGAUAGCCUCAAAAGUUCUACCCAGACUGAGGACUCUAGAAAGCCUUCUUGGCCUGGUAGUUUCAACCUUUCCCUCUCGGAUUCACUGAAAGAAGAGUUCAUGACAUCCAUGCAGCUCAGCAACGGUGAAGUUAAUGAUGCAGAAAGUGACAUCGGCUGCACACCGCCGAAACGACCAAACCUAUCUGCACGAAAAAGCGUUACGUCGCCUUCAGGAAUCAGUCCGGAUCGACUCGCAGGUGGAGAUGCUGGAAGAGUAACAGCCUCAAGUUCUGUGGGACCUGAAGGUUUGCCUGACCGUCGAAUCUCCGGGAGGCGCCGCCUCUACUUCAACGAGACAGUGACAUCCACACCUGUGCCCAAGCAAUGCUCGAGAGAAGUGGAGAUUAAAGUGGAAAGACUAUCGAAAGAUGUGCUGGCAUCACAUGAGUCUCAGGUUGUGAAAUCAGUGAUGUUGGAGUCAGAGGAAAGCUAUGAUCACUCGGGAUCACUUUUUGACUCCAGAGGCGAGUCCUUGGAAUUGUCACAGAAGAACAGGCAACCAUCGGUCAUUGUCAUAUCUGACGAUGAGCAUAGCUACUAAGAUUGUGACGUUGCUUUGGAGAAAUAUUGUCAUACGUCGGUUAACAUGCAGGCUUGACAUAAUUUUGUCACUGUUUUUGGGGAAUUGUCUUUGGUAAUUACCAUAUCUCAUUAUAUUGAAGAUUGCUGAAAAUGUCAUAGUAUUGCAUUGGAGAAAUUCUUUGUGUGCUAAUUGUGUGCAAAGGAUAAAUGUAUAUCUUGCUAUUACUGUGGCAGACAAUGUUUCCGUAGUUUAAAAAAUCUAGAACAAGUAACCCCUUACUAGCAUGUUUCUUGGAAGGAUCGUGGACAUUGCACAAUUCCUUGCUUGUAAUCUGAGAGCGCUAAUCUAAAGCCAUAGCUUAGCUGCAUUUUGCUUUGUUGCUAGUGGAUCCUUGUUGUAUCCAUUUUCUUUCACUGCUUAAUGCUAGACCAAUGUUGUGUGUCCUCUUCCACGUUGGUGUAACACGUGUUAGAGCGUUUCUCCAUUUGGAUGUUCUAAUUAGCAAAGCUCUUGUGACUAACAGAUUACCAACAUAAUACCUUAGAUAUUGUAAUUGGCAGUGUUAUUGUUCAGGUUAAUAGAUCACCGAUAGCAAUUUAGGGCAGACGGCAGCUUUAAUUGGUGUUUGGUGUUUUCAUGGUCCAAUUGAUGUUACAUUUUCUUUAAAGUCGUUAAGCAGGUACAACUGCAUUUUGAGCAAAUGUUCAAAGACAAAAAGAAUACCUUUGGAGAAGACACAUCUUGGUGCUGAUAUCAAUGCACACCUUAAGCAUUUCCUAGAUGAAAAUUAAUCAGGACCUUCUUCACAAGCUGGAAUGUAAAAUGCAUUUUACAAGCUGGUGUGCAAGUGUUCGUAUCCGAGAUUACGAGCCUCAUUUUGUGCCAAUGAUGUUAGUGUUGCCGAAAUGUUUCAGUGCUAUGUAUAAAAAUAGAAAGCUUAACCAGCAGUUGAAAUAAUAGUUUGGUUAGCAGGAUGUCACAGUGCUGAUAGUGUGGGUCACGUGUGCGGUGUUUUGUGCAUGCGUAUUCAUGAAGAGGCAACUUCUGCUUUUUUUACAGGAAUUUGCUCUCAAAUUGUUAUGUACAACCUUUUGUCACUUUUUAGCUACUGCAGCUGUUGCAAGGAAACCUUUCUUUCUGGAGAUUUUUGGAGCAGACAACCGACAUGCUAUUUUCGUCAUUUCUUGCAUACCUGUAAGGACCAAAGG